CGUCCCCGCCCGCCCGCGCCCCGACCAGCCCGGCUCCGGGCAGCCACUCACCGGUGUCCCGAACCCGCGUCGGCCCCGGGUCCCAGCCAUGGCGCUGAGCGAGCCCAUCCUGCCGUCCUUCUCCACUUUCGCCAGUCCGUGCCGCGAGCGUGGCCUGCAGGAGCGCUGGCCGCGCGCAGAGCCCGAGGCAGGCGGCACCGACGACGACCUCAACAGCGUGCUGGAUUUCAUCCUGUCCAUGGGGCUGGACGGCCUUGGCGCUGAGGCCGCCCCCGAACCGCCGCCGCCCCCGCCGCCUGCGUUCUACUACCCCGAGCCCAGCGCACCGCCGCCCUACAGCGCCCCUGCGGGCGGCCUGGUGUCCGAGCUGCUGCGGCCCGAGCUGGACGUGCCGCCGGGGCCCGCGCUGCACGGCCGCUUCCUGCUGGCGCCACCCGGCCGCCUGGUGAAGGCCGAGCCCCCCGAGGCGGACGGCGGCGGAGGCUACGGCUGUGCGCCCGGCCUGGCCCGCGGGCCGCGGGGCCUCAAGCGCGAGGGCGCCCCAGGUCCCGCAGCUGCGUGCAUGAGAGGCCCCGGGGGCCGCCCCCCGCCGCCACCCGACACGCCGCCGCUCAGCCCCGACGGCCCCGGGCGCCUGCCUGCGCCCGGUCCGCGCGGCCCCUACCCGCCGCCCUUCGGUGGCCCCGGCUUCGGAGCGCCCGGGCCCGGCCUGCACUACCCGCCGCCCGCGCCCGCCGCCUUCGGUCUCUUCGACGACGCGGCCGCCGCCGCCGCAGCAGCAGCAGCUCUGGGCCUGGCGCCUCCCGCCGCCCGAGGUCUCCUCACGCCUCCCGCGUCGCCGCUGGAGCUGCUCGAAGCCAAGCCCAAGCGCGGCCGUCGGUCCUGGCCGCGCAAGCGCACCGCCACGCACACCUGCAGCUACGCGGGCUGCGGCAAGACCUACACCAAGAGCUCACACCUCAAGGCGCACUUGCGCACGCACACAGGCGAGAAGCCCUACCACUGCAACUGGGACGGCUGCGGCUGGAAGUUCGCGCGCUCCGACGAACUCACCCGCCACUACCGCAAGCACACGGGCCACCGGCCCUUCCAGUGCCACCUGUGCGACCGUGCCUUCUCGCGCUCCGACCACCUGGCGCUGCACAUGAAGCGGCACAUGUAGCCCGGACGCCCCCCGCCCACCCGCGCGCGGCCGUGGCGGGUCCCACGCGCCGGGCGCGGCCCCCUCCCAAACUGUGACUGGUAUUUAUUGGGCCCAGAGGACAGGGCUGGGCACAGCGUGGCCAUUGGGGGGGCUCCCCCCCCCACGACGCCGCCGCCGCCCCGGCCCCCAUCAGAGACUGAAGGCCCCGGUGGGAGAAGACCACGAUCCUCCUUGACGAGUUUUGUUUUCAAAAUGGUGCAAUAAUUAAGUGUCGUCUUCCCCCCCACCGGGUCUACACUAGAGGAUCGAGGCUUGAUGCCUUGUGAGAAAUACAGCCUUAAUUUGUACUGUCUUCGACAUUUUUUAUAAUAUUGUACAUAGUGACUGUGACAGAUAUUGUAUUACUGUAAAUAGGAAGACAGGUGGGCAUUUUGGCUCCCUGGUUCAUUUUUAUAAGACUUUUGUUGGUUUUUUUUUUAAUUAAAAAAAAAAAGUUUUGCAUCUUUUGAAAAAUAGCCCUGGUCUGACUGCUUGGAAGCUGGGGUGUAGGGUGGGCGUGGGGGGAAGGGGCAGUUUUGGUGGAGGAGGGCAGCCUGGCAGAGGUGGGGUGAAGUGUGUUCUGUCCCAGCCAGCACCCUGGGUUGCCAGCUGCAGCACCCAGCUGCCAGGAACCUGUGGGUUUUUCUAUAAAUUUAAACACUACAUUUUAAGACUGAGGGAGAGUUAUUUUAAGGUUGUUCCCUGAGCCAUAAAUUGCCUCUUUUUCCCCUGAGCUGGGGAAAGUGCUGGUCCCACUGACGUGGCCUCCUCUGGGCUGAAAAAAAAAAAAGCCUUACCUCUUUCUGGAA